AGUGGUAACUCACAUUCCUGAGUCAGGUCAGGUACCGACACGAGACGCGUAAUAUCCGAUAACCCAUUCGGAUAAGCUGAAUGCCGACUCAGCUUCAAACCCAUCCAAUUUCUAUGCUCCACCAAACCAUAUAUAUAUAUAUAUACACAACACACACUUCACCUCUAUCUUCCUCAUACAGAAGAAUCAUGGUCUCUGUACCCUCCACUUCUUCAUUUCUCCGACCCUCACACCAUUCAAGAAUCUCCGUCACUCGUUCCACUCCUUCGCCGUCUUGCGUCAGAUUCCGACCACCAUGUGUCACUGCCGCCGCAGCCGUCACUAGCCUUUGCUCUCCCAAACUGACCACUUCCUAUUACAAAAUUCUGGGAAUUCCCAAGGGGGCAACCAGUCAGGAGAUCAAGGCGGCGUACCGCAGACUCGCAAGGGUUUGCCACCCGGAUGCCGUGGAGGAGGACCGGAAGGAAUCGUCGGCCGACGAGUUCAUCAAGAUCCAUGCCGCGUAUUCUACUCUGCUGGAUCCGGAGAGGCGUGCCGUUUACGAUCGGAACCUCUCCUACCGGCCGUUCGUAACCUCGAGGGCCGGAUUUUCCAGUUAUACUCGCCGGAAUUGGGAGACGGAUCAGUGUUGGUAGGAAGUUGAUUCACCAAAAUUGAAGACUACUGAACACAAGUUGCAUAAUUUGUAAAUAUUGCAAAGUUUUACUAUAUAACUGAACACAAGUUGCAUCAUUUGUAAACAUUGCAAAGUUUUACUAUAUAAAUGAACAGAGCAUUAACAUAA